UUGACCAGCUAGAGCAUUUUCAUGCUUUGGACCUAUCUGAGAAUUUGAUUGCCAGAGCACCUUUUAUGUUUCUAAAGAGCGAGAGACGGUUGCCUUGGUUGCAGAGAAAGUGAAGCUCUUCUCAAUGAUUGGGCCUAAGAUCUUUGGCUAUUGUUAAGCUAACAGGAGCAAGGUAGAGAUACAGGGGAAAUUCGGCUUUGUGAUCAUGACAGCUUCAUGGCCGUUGUUUUCCAGAUUGAUUCCAAUGAUGUAAAUAAUAGCUAGUGGUUAUGAAUUGAUACCGACGAUGAAUCCAUUUCGAGGAAGGUCCUUAUUGCGAUCAAAUGCUUUUGGGGAAAGUCUGCAGCUUGUUUUAUCCAUCAGUUACGUGGUUUGCCCAAGAAGUUCUUUACUUCUCGUUGGGGUCACGUUAAGCAGCAAGCAAAUCAUGUUUAUUCUGCGGGCAUCAUGUGUAUCCCACCAUUGAGAUGGCAUAAUGCACGCGCUUUAAAGUAUUGCCUUUGUUCAUGGCAGAGCUGCUUUGUGUGGCCCAGAUAAGUGCUUUGACAGUACAUCCACGCCGUCUUAACGGCAUAGACUCCAUUUAACAUGAGUAAACUGCCAAUCCAAGACUUUGAAAAGAGAUCAUGAAGAUGUAACCGGCCUUCUGAAAACAAGGAGGAGAUUGGGAGAGUUACAGCAAGAAAACAUGGAUCGUUGCUGUUUCAAGAACUGUCUGCGCCUUGUCGCAAUGGCGGCAUUUAUAUAACAAUAACGUUGGCUUUAGCUACUUGCAUUGCAUGUGAAUCUGUAUAUUGAGAGAGAUGGCAAAGCCCUUCUCAAUGUUUCCAAGGCUACUGCUGAUGGGUGCUUCUGUGGCGGUUGUUUUCUCAAUUGGUGCUUCUGGGUCUCCACAAGUUCCAGCGUUCUUUGUGUUUGGAGACUCUUUAGUCGACGAUGGAAACAAUAACUAUUUGACCUCCUUGGCUAAAGCAAACUACUUGCCCUAUGGUGUCGAUUUCGACGGAGGUCCUUCGGGAAGAUUCUGCAAUGGGAAAACGAUCAUCGACUUUCUUGGGGAGCUACUGGGUCUUCCAUAUGUACCGGCAUAUGUGAACACGCUUGAAGAUGACCGAAGCAUUCUAGGAGGGGUAAACUAUGCUUCUGCCGCUGCUGGCAUUCUAGAUGAGUCGGGAAGAGAGCUUGGAGGUCGAUUCUCGCUGCGGCAACAGGUGGAGAAUUUCCGGAGCACAUUGAGCCAGCUCAAGAACCAAAAGGGAGAGGAGGAGUUGGGGCAGUACUUGGCCAAGUCGCUGGUGAUGAUGAACCUUGGCAGCAACGACUACCUCAACAACUACCUGAUGCCUUCCCUCUAUGACACCAGCUCCAUCUUCAACCCCAGUGACUAUGCUCAGAUUCUCAUCUCCAAUUACACUACACACAUUGUGGCAUUGCACAGUCUGGGGCUGAGGAAGUUCUUAAUUGCUGGGAUCGGGCCACUGGGUUGCAUGCCGAACCAACUGGCUACUGGAGCUGAUACGCCGGGGAAAUGCAUCUCCACCGUCAACAACAUGGUCAGGCUGUUCAACAUGCGGCUCAGGUCUCUUGUGGACCAACUCAAUGCCAAUGCUCAUGGCCAACGUGCCAUUUUUGUGUAUGCCAAUACUUUCGAUCUCUUCGCCGACAUCUUGGCCAACGCCAAUACUUACGGAUUAAGGGUGGUGGACAGAGGGUGUUGUGGGAUAGGAAGGAAUCGAGGUCAGAUCACAUGCCUGCCAUUGCAGAUGCCGUGCAUGAACAGAGACGAGUACGUGUUUUGGGACGCAUUCCAUCCGACGCAGGCCGUGAACAAGAUCAUCGCCGAGGGAGCGUACGCUGGUCCUCCUUCCGUCUGCUACCCUAUCAAUGUCAAGCAAAUGGCUUAUGAUGCCUAACUUUGGCCAAUGGCUAAUGUGUACAUGUGACUAUUUAUGACAUUGACAUGCAUCUUUGCUUUUCCUCUGGAUUUGCUUCAUGUCACUCAAGGAUGGAAAUCCCUUAAUUGUGGUGUUGAGCAUGGAAUGAAUGGAG